AUGGACUUACUUAAAGUUCUCGGAGCAGGUGCAAAGUUUGACAAGAAACGUUUCAAAGAUGUAGUCUCGCUUUUCGAGCCUUCAAACAAACCCAUUCCCAUGAAAAAGAUAGAAAAUGAUUUAGAUAUGCAAACAAAUCUUAUCCAAGAGAUCGAUUUUUUUCACAAUAGUAAACGCGCUAUUGAAGAGUCGUUGGGAAUAAAGGAAUCAAUAGAGAAAGUAGUGGAUGAACAAGUAGAACAAAGUAAAGUUCAAAAUAAUCAUUCUACCGAUAGUGAAGAUAACGAGGAAAUCAAUAAUGAACCUACAAAUUUCAAUUCUCAAGAUGAUAUUAAGAUGUUCAGAAAACGACAUAAAAUUCGAGUAUACGGCACGGAUAUUCCCAAUCCAUUUGGUUCUUUCAAGGAUCUCGAGACACAAUACAAUUUUCAAUCAUAUUUAAUUCGAAAUUUAGAAUCCUCAACGUAUAAACAACCUACUCCAAUUCAAAUGCAAGCGGGACGAGAUCUUAUGGCUAUGGCUCCCACAGGAUCUGGUAAAACCUUGGCAUAUAUAUUACCAAUCUUACAUGACCUUAAAGGUUCAGAGAAAAUGGGUUAUCGUGCCUUGAUCAUUUCGCCGACUAGAGAAUUGGCGAAACAAAUAUGUAUGUUGACGAAGACGUCAGCUGCUACACAAUCGCAAGCAACUCACCUUAGACCAAAAUUUGAUAUCCUAAUCAGCACACCUCUUCGUCUUGUCCAUGCUAUUCAAGAAGAAAAAAUUGAUUUGAAAAACGUUCAUCACUUGAUUCUUGAUGAAGCGGAUAAACUACUUGAACUUGGAUUUCUAGAACAAACUGAUGUGAUAUUUUCCGCUUGUACGAACAUUAAAUUACAAAAAUCAUUGUAUAGCGCUACACUUCCUUCGGGUGUUGAGGCUUUAGCCGAUAAUUUCAUGAAAGAUCCAAUUAGGGUCGUAAUUGGGCUCAAGAAUGCGGCAGUUGAUACCAUUAACCAAAAACUCGUAUACGUGGGUCAAGAAGAAGGAAAAUUGAUCGCUGUACGACAAAUGAUUCAGAGAGGUGAAUUGAAACCUCCUGUAUUGAUAUUCGUUCAAUCAAUUGACAGAUCUAAGGAAUUAUUUCAUGAAUUAAUUUAUGAUGGCAUAAAUGUGGAUGUUAUUCAUUCAGAAAGAACUAAAGUUCAGAGAGAUUCAAUAGUUUUAAAUUUUCGUCAAGGCAAGAUAUGGGUACUGAUCGCCACAGAAUUAAUGGCACGUGGUAUGGAUUUCAAAGGAGUGAAUCUAGUGAUAAACUAUGAUUUCCCACAAUCCGUACAAAGUUAUAUUCAUCGAAUUGGUAGGACAGGUCGAGCUGGUAAGUCAGGUGAAGCUAUAACUUUUUACACUAAAGAGGAUGCACCAUUUUUAAAGAGUAUCGUGAAUGUAAUGAAAGAUUCUGGAUGUGAGGUUCCAGACUGGAUGUUAAAAUUGAAGAAUCCCACAAAGGAAUCUAAACAAGAACUUCGUAAAAAACCUAUUAAGCGUAAAGGUAUCGAUACCCGGUCAGAUUAUGAUAAGAAAAAACUAAAACGUAAAAG